UGUGAGUCCAAUUUUUUUGUCUUAUAAGUCGGGACAUGGGAAGUGAUCGCACGUUAAAAAAGCAAAAGAUGUCGGUUUUACAGGAACUUAAGAAAAUCACCACCAUUGUUGCUGACACCGGCGACUUUGAAGCUAUUAACAUCUACAAGCCCACAGAUGCCACCACGAAUCCCUCUCUUAUUUUGUCAGCUUCAUCCAUGGAGCGGUACCAGCCCCUGGUGCAGAAGGCAGUGGACUACGGCAAGGCAAAAAAAGGCUCCGUGAGUGAACAAGUAGCCGAGGCCAUGGAUUACCUUUGCGUGCUGUUCGGAACGGAAAUCUUAAAGGUCGUCCCCGGUCGGGUUUCCACUGAAAUCGACGCACGUCUUUCCUUCGACACCAAGAGGAGCGUGGAGAAGGCCCUGAAGCUGAUUGAUUUGUAUAAGUCUCUGGGCAUUGGCAAGGAGCGCAUCCUGAUCAAGCUGGCUUCUACGUGGGAAGGCAUCAAAGCGGCCGAGAUCCUGGAGAACGAGCACGGCGUGCACUGCAACCUGACACUCCUCUUCUCGUUCGCCCAAGCCGUGGCCUGUGCAGAGGCUGGCGUGACCUUGAUUUCCCCUUUCGUGGGCAGGAUCCUUGACUGGUACGUGGCCAACACGGAUACAAAGAAGUUUGAGGCCCUCAAGGACCCGGGAGUAAUCUCGGUAACCAACAUCUACAACUACUAUAAGAAAUUUGACUACAAGACACUUGUUAUGGGGGCCUCGUUCCGGAAUGUGGGAGAAAUCAAAGCUCUGGCAGGCUGCGAUCUGCUCACCAUUAGUCCUUCCCUGCUCAAGGAGCUGGAGAACGAGACCGAAACGGUCACCACUUACUUGUCCGUAAGCAACGCCAAGCUGCAGGAUAUCGAAAAGAUCACCGUAAACGAGAGCCAGUUCCGCUGGCUGCUCAACGAGGAUGCCAUGGCCACCGACAAGCUUUCAGAGGGAAUUCGAAAGUUUGCCGUGGAUACCGUCAAGCUGGAGAAUUUGAUAAAGACCUAUCUUAAGUAGAAAUUCGUGUUUCUUUUUGCAGGUGAAGGAUACAUUUGUUUAAAAGAUAAAUGCUUUUAUAAUUAAAUAAAAAUUAUAAAUUAUCAAAA